AUGCAGAGUGAAAUCACUUGUGGCAUCUGUCGGAACUACUUUUCUCAGCUAGUUACCAUGGAAUGUGGGCACAGCUUUUGCAAAGUAUGUGUCCCCCGGAGCCCAGGAGUUGAAGUCACACCUUUCUCUUGUCCUGGAUGCAGUCAAGUUUCUCAAACCAGGGAAUUCCCAGCACUCAGUGUGAGCCUGGAAAAGCUGACUGACAUUGGCAAGCAGCUCAGCCCCCAGCGUUUGCAGAGUACUGAAGAGCAGAUGCAAUGUCCCACUCAUAAGGAAGUCCUCAAGUUCUUUUGUGAGGAGGACCAGACGUUACUCUGUGUGUCCUGUUGCCAAAUGCAUGAGGCUCACAACCUCUCUCCUGUAGAAGAGGCUGCUCAUGAUUUCAGGGAGAAGCUCCAGGAAGUUUGGAGUCGCUUGUGGAAGGAUUUUGAGGAAGCCAAGAAACUCCUUUCUCAGGAGAAAGAAGUGGAGAGACCUUUUGUUGACUGGGAGUGGAUACUUAAGGAAGAAUAUUGCAGACUUCACACUUUCCUGAGGGAGGAAGGAUUUCAGUGUCUGGAAAGAGUGAAAGAAGAGCAAAGGAACAGCGUGGAAGGACUAUUCCAGCAUAUCCAAGUCCUUCAGGAAACCAUGGACAAGCUAGAGGAAUCACGCCAUAAAUCCAACGAUGAGCUGCUGAAGGACAUCAGAGAACUGCUAGCAAGGAUUGGGUCAGUGUUGAACCAAAGGCCCAAGACUUUGACUCCAACGCUGAGAAAAUAUCCCAUUUCUGGAAUGAUAGAUAUCCUCAACAAAUUCAGAGUGGAUAUCAGAGUGCAUCCAGAAUCAGACACUUCCUAUGUGAGUGUUUCUGAGGAUUUGAAGAGUAUAAGGGUUGGAGAUGACUGGAAGUUGGAGGCUCACCAUUUUGAGAGAUCCACUUACCAUUAUGUCUUUGCUGAGCAGGCUUUCAGAUCAGGCAGACAGUACUGGGAGGUGGAUGUGACACAAGUGCCUCAGUGGGUACUGGGGAUCUAUACCACCCCCUACUUGAGGACAACGAUGAGGAAUCCAAGGAUGGGGGAGAACUCAAGGAUGAGGAGAAACUCAUGUUCCUCUGUGUUCCUGCUUCGGUGUGUGAAGAAGGAAGAGCAUUACCAUUUCCAAACCUAUCCUGGAUCCUUGAACCAUCAAGUGGAAGGUCCUGUGCCCAGGAUUGGAGUGUACGUGGCACACAGUCCUGGAACUAUUCUCUUUUAUAAUGUUCUCCAACGCUCCCUCAUUUAUAAAUUCCAACCUAUUCCAUUCACAAACCCUGUCAGGCCUGUCUUUUCUCCUGGCCCCCCACUUCCAGGAACAAGGGCUGGUCCCAUGAUUAUCUGUCCAUUUGACUCUCAUCUUUGUUCUUGCUGCUAUUCAUCAUCCUGA